AACCGGAGGGGGCAGGGUGCGGUGGAAAACGGGGCCAAAGCUCCGCCCCUUUCCUUGACAGUUCUCAAACAGGUCUGCUUCAAGACAAUAUACGGGGAGCGCAACGAGCCACAACAACUUGCUUGUUCGGGUUUUCUGGGCAAGGUUGAUCUAAGCAUCAUGUCUGGUCGCGGCAAAGGCGGUAAGGGCUUGGGAAAGGGGGGUGCUAAGCGCCAUCGUAAGGUGCUCCGUGAUAACAUUCAGGGUAUUACGAAGCCGGCUAUUCGUCGUUUGGCGCGCCGUGGUGGUGUAAAGCGUAUUUCCGGAUUGAUCUAUGAAGAAACCCGAGGAGUGCUUAAAGUGUUUUUAGAGAAUGUCAUCCGUGAUGCUGUUACUUAUACUGAGCACGCUAAGCGGAAGACUGUGACUGCCAUGGACGUGGUCUAUGCUUUGAAACGCCAGGGUCGCACUCUCUACGGAUUCGGGGGCUAAGUUCCCAUUCCGCUUCAAAGUUAAAAACGUUUUCAGAAACACAAAGGCUCUUUUAAGAGCCACCCACACUUUCACAAUGAGAGCUCAACUGCUAGCGGUCUUUUUUUUUUUUUUCUUUUCCUUAAACGUG